AUGCCUAGCCGUGCCACAGAUGAGCUCACUGAGCUUGUCGCGACCCUUUCAUCGGCUUCGGCGGACCUGAAUGAAUUCCUGUCUAAACGUGGUCUGCCAAAGCACUCUACCGAAGACCCUAUGCCCAGCAUCGACCCCAUCCAUGAGAACCUGCCCUACUUCCAGGCGAAAAGCUCGAUCAUUGACGCUGCCGAACGCAUUGUUCGUCUGGCGCGCGGUCCUCGAGAUGCUCUCAUCACCCUCAGUUUUGAACACUGCGCCACGGCUUCCCUUCAAGUUGCCCUCAAGUACAAGUUGGCCCACCACAUCCCACUUGAAGGGACCACAACGUACGCAGCCGUCGCCGAAGCAGUCGGCAAGCCUGAAGUUACCCCCGCCCUGGUUGAACGCAUUCUUCAGCACACUUCGUCAUAUGGCUUGUUCGAGGUCCAGCCAGCCGUCACACACAACGCCAUGUCUGCGUUACUCGUGACCGACCCCGAACUGGAAGCGUGGAUGGACCUGAGUGCCACCAUUGCCUACCCAGCCGGCGCCUCCGUGCCAAGGGCUCUUGAACGCUACGGUUACAGCAUGGAGUCCAACGAGUCUGCGUAUGGGGUCUCCAUCGGCAGGAAGGUUUCGCAGUUCCAACGCUUCCGCGAAGAUGAUGGCCGGCAGCUGCACGAAAUGUUUGCUCGCGCCAUGCGAGGCAUCGCAGUCGGGGGUGCCUACGACUUGCGUCACGCUGUCGACGGGGGCUACCCUUGGAACUUGCUGGAGCAGAACCACAUCCGGCUCGUUGUCGACGUCGGCGGUGGCCCGGGCCACGUUUCUAUAGCGCUGGCAAAGAAGUAUCCAAAGCUUCAGUUUGAGGUGCAGGACCUCCCCGAGACGGUUGAAGUUGGUGCCAGGUCCUGCCCCGAAGAUCUGAAGAGCCGUGUCAGCUAUCGUGCCCACGAUUUCAUGAAGCCUCAGCCGGAGCACAAUGUCGGUGCCGGGGAGGGCAUUGCGUAUUUCUGCCGCUUCAUCCUGCACGAUUGGAGUGACAAGUAUGCUCAAACCAUUUUGCAGAACCUGGCGUCAUCAUUGAGACGCGAGGAUCGCAUCAUCAUCAACGAUGUCGUGGUCCCGGAACCAGGGCAAGAGAGCCGCGAGAGAGAGCGACGAAUGCAACCAAUGGUUAACAACAAACUUAGUGACCGUGAUCUGUUGAUGUUGAUGAACCUCAAUGGGCGUGAGCGGACAAUAACUGCGUUUACGAAUCUUUGCAGUGCAGUGACGCCCAGGCUUCAAGUUAAUAAAGUGCACCGUCCUGAACUGGGAGAACUUUCACUUAUUGACAUCUCAUUGGCAUAA